GGCCCCGCCCAGCCCCGCGUCGGCGUCGUCGCUACGGCAACGUCCGCGUCCAUCCGCGUACGCGGUCUCCUAGCGACGCGGUUGCCCCGGGCAACGAGGCCUAGUCGCAGUCGGGAUGAACGUGGCGGCGGCGGCGGGCGAGGAUGGAGGCGAGGAGGGCGCGGGGUCCGAGGCGAGGCCGGAGUCGGAGGCCCAGAGCAGCAAGGCGGGCGAGGCGGCGGAGGCCGCGAGCGGGGCCGGGGCCACCCCUACGCGCAUCUUCGUCCCCAACAUCAACUCCGACGACCCCGAGGAGCGCAUCGCCGCCCGACGCCUCCGCAUCGCCGCCCGCCUCGAGGCCAAGCGCAGGGAAGCUCUUGGGGAAGACCCCGAUGCAAAGAAGUUGGUGGAGGAGGAACAGAGCAGGAGCCGUAGGCAGACAGAGGAGAGUAGACAGAGGCUGGCCAAGUUGCUGAUAGAUGGCACUGAGCUAGUGACGAACAUCCAGGUGGCCGUUGAUGCUCGGGAGGCACACCGGAGGUCGGAGGAGGAGGAGCUCACGCGGCAAAGGGUGGAGAAGCUGGAGAAUGAAGCCAAGGGCAACCAGGACAAGUUUGACGAGAUCUCCUCCAAGUGGGCGUCUGCCCGGGAGAAGGUCAUCCCUCAGGAUCUGUGGGAGGCUCUCAACCAGCAGCAGCAGCUCUGCGCCCUGCUCAUCGAGGAGAAGAACAAGGUGAUCAGCGAACUGCAGCAGGAGCUGAAGUCCAAAGAUGAGCAGUACGUGAAGGAUCUCAGGAGGCAGUCAGAAGACAUUAACCUGCUGCUGGAGCGAAUGGAGGAGCAGAUUCGAAACCUCAUGAAAAAUUAUCGCCGGGAGCUUCUGCAGAUCGAGAAAGCCUUUGAAUUAGAGCGCCGUGAACUCCUCAACAGCAACAAGAAGAAAUGGGAGCAAGGCAUGCAGACGCUCAAUAACCAGGAGCUGGAUUUCAUGAUGGCCCGCCUGAGGAAAGUGGAGGAGUACCAGCGGGAGCUGAACCAGUUGCGAGUGCAAGAUGCUGAGGAGUACAACGUGCUCAAAAUCAAGCUGGAGCAUGAUGUGCAGAUUCUAGAGCAACAGCUGCAGCAAAUGAAAGCCAUCUACCAGCUGAACCAGGAGAAGCUGGAGUACAACUUCCAGGUGCUGAAGAAGCGGGAUGACGAGAACACCAUCAUUAAAUCCCAACAGAAGCGGAAGAUCAACAGGCUCCAUGACAUCAUCAACAACCUGCGGCAGAAGCUGGCCAGGCAGCUCAAGCAGUACCGCGAGGAGAACCAGACGCUGACCACCGACUACAAGCGGAUCGUGGAGCAGUACAAGGACCUGCAGAGGACCAUGAGGCACUUUGCCAUUGUGGAUGCCGAACACUUCCUGGCUGUCUGGCUGAUGAAUGAAGAGGAGGCCAAGCAGCUGAUCCGCAAAGCGUUUGACGCUGACAGUGUCAUCCAUGCCCAGCAGCUGGGCUUGCAGUGGUUCGAGCCUGACAGCUGGAUCCUUCACAACGUGGGGCCUAUUGUGCAUUGCAAGAAGGUGAAGUCAGCCAACGAGUUGGUUCAAGAGGUCAUUGCAGCAGAAGGAACAAGCAGAUCACCCAAAGAGACCCUCUUAUCAUCGGAAGGCUCCCUACCUGAAGAAAAAACCUCCUCCCACAAGGAGAGUGGGAAGGAGUCCCCAGAGGCCGAACCAGCAGUCAAGGCCCUGUGUUCCAUCUCCACCAAGACAAUCAAGCAUCUCCUGGAGCUUCUGUGUGAUGAGUCGGGCUUCCUGAUUGAGAGCAAGCUCCGGGGCCUUCUCCAGCCCUUGGUGAAGGCUGACCGCACCCUCAUGAAACUGGACUCCAUCUUCUCGGCCCUCUCUAUCGACAGUGAAGAGGAUGUCUACAAAAUGAUGGAGUUCUUCCUCACCUUCAAGAGUCAACAGGAGAUGACUGAGCAGGAUGUUGAAGAGCUGCUGGCAGAGAUGACUCCUGAAGCAGAACCUUCUGAGGAAGAAGAGACGGAGGUGACUUGUGAAGCAGAGCUCGCUAUCGUUUCCGGGGAGGCCAUCAAAAGCUCCGUUGAAUCGUUGGAGCCCCUCUCGAAAAUAUGCAUGCACCCCAAUGACAUCCUCAAAGCCCUCAAGGCGUUUGUGCAUGAAAUCAAGAAGCUGAGGGAGAAACACCCCCCAGUCAAGAAAGCCCCGGAAGAGCGGGAUGACUCCAAGGACUCGGAGUACUGGGAGGCGCUGGCCCACAUCAUCCCGGAUGGCAAGCUGAAGCUGUGGGAUGCCCUGAUUGUUGGCUUGCAGAAAUACCACCACAUUCUGUCCCAGAGGGACAAGCUCAUUACUGAGACAGACGGGCUGCACCAGCAAAACGCAGAACUCCGGCUGUUGCUGCAGCAGUACCUCCAGUCCCCGGUGAAUGCAGAGUUGCUGAUCCCUCCCACCCACUUACUGAACAUGCAGUUGAAUUCUUCAUGACCCAUGCUUCGCAGGAAGUUUAGGGGCUGCUUGACUCUCCCAAAACCCCCUCUUUAUAGAGUCAUUUCAAUAGGCCAUUGUGGGUGUAACGGAACCAAACAGUAAGGAGAAGCUACUUUGAAACAUUGGUCCCUUGGAAGAGUUGUUGGAGCCAUGAAUUUGUGAGUACCUCCUGCUUUGGUAUGAGCCACCCAGUUCUUUCCUCGCAUAGCCGCAUUAACCUGUGGGCAGAGGCUUCUCUGGGAAUUGAGGUGUAUAACAACUCUCUCACAAACCUUCUGACUCAUUGAUGAAGGGGACGUGGAGAAUCCUCACUUGGCAUGAUUCAGAGUCCACAAAACACAGCACCAUCCUCCAGAAGUGUUCCCUGGAGCAGAAAAACAGGCACCUUUUUUCUGACUUUCAGAAUGUUAUUUCUGUGUGUGCGAAGGAGGACAAAUAAAUGGUUUAUUGUGA